AAUCGACAUGCAGUACAACUUGGUACGGUGUCUGAAGUAGUCGAACCAGGAAGCAACCGGAACUCAUCAUGAAUCCCCUGCGCACAAUUUGCGUGCUGGCCUGCCUUCUGGCGGCCACCGUGGCCAAUCCCCAGGCCGGAAGCCGUCGUCACUCCAACUCGCUGAACAAUGUGGACCAGCCCAGUAACUGGGUGAGUCCCCGGGAGAUCGAGCAGCUGCCAUCGCUGAAGCAGGUCAACCUGAAGAAGCUCCAGGAGAUGAGCCUUGAAGAGGGCGCCACUCUGUUGGACCAACUUUACCAUCUGUCCCAGUUCAACCGCGUCUUCAAGCCCGAUUACACCCCAGAGCCCAGCCAGGUCAAGGGUUACAUUGUCGGCGAGCGCGGCCAGAAGAUCGAGUUCAACCUGAACACCCUUGUCCAGACCGUGAAGCGUCAGCAGCGAUUCGGUGACGAUGAGGUGACCAUCUUCAUCCAGGGCCUGCCCGAGAACAACUCCCAGGUGCAGAAGGCCACCCGCAAGCUGGUCAAGGCCUAUCAGCAGCGUUACAACCUCCAGCCCUACCCCACCACCGAUUCGGACAACUCCAGCGAGGAGCAGCGCCAGCGUGGCAGCAGCGAGGAGACCCGCCAGCAGCAGCGUCGUCGCCAGGGUGAUGACAAGGAGGACACCAAGACCGGAGACCUGAUUGUGAUCCAGCUGGGCAAUGCCCUCGAGGACUUUGAGCAGUACGCCACCCUGAACAUUGAGCGCAUCGGCGAGAUCAUUGGCAACCGCCUGGUUGAGCUGACCAAUACCGUGAAUGUGCCCCAGGAGAUCAUCCAUCUGAUUGGCUCCGGACCCGCUGCCCAUGUGGCCGGCGUUGCUGGUCGCCAGUACACCCGCCAGACCGGACACAAGCUGCGCCGCAUCACCGCCCUGGACCCCUCCAAGAUCUAUGGCAAGCCCGAGGAGCAGCUGACCGGCUUGGCCCGCGGCGAUGCCGACUUCGUUGAUGCCAUCCACACCUCCGCCUACGGCAUGGGCACCAGCCAGCGCCUGGCCAAUGUGGACUUCUUCCCCAAUGGACCCUCGACCGGUGUUCCCGGUGCCGACAAUGUUGUGGAGGCCUCCAUGCGCGCCACCCGCUACUUCGCCGAGUCAGUGCGUCCGGGAAAUGAGCGCAACUUCCCCGCCGUAGCCGCCAGCUCCUACCAGGAGUACAAGCAGAACAAGGGCUAUGGCAAGCGUGCUUACAUGGGCAUUGCCACCGACUACGAUCUGCAGGGUGACUACAUGCUCCAGGUGAACUCGAAGAGCCCCUUCGGCCGCAGCACUCCCGCCCAGACCCAGGCCGGCUAUCAUGCCGUCCACCAGCCUUGGCGCCAGUCCGCCCAGGGUUCCCGCCGCCAGUAGUAGGUCUUCCUCCUUCUCUCCAAAGGAGCAGGGCUCCUCCAGAGGCUCCAGACGACCCAGAUCGCACACCCCUCAUGCGAGCGACACCCAACAGCCCAUCCUCCCAUCAUCAAGGUCGAGUGAAUGCUUGAGCUAAACAUCCCAUCCAAAAUAUCUAUAGAUUACGCUUACGUUUUUUAUGUCCAAAUAAAAAACAAUUGCAUAUU